AUGGCGAAAAUGUGGGAGCCUUUCGCGAGUUGGGAUUCGCACGGCGGUGCGCAGGGCCCGGUCCGGGUGGACCAAAGCCGUCACCAGGGGACGGGGGGGGGAGUAGGUGAGCUCAAUAGUAAGAUUCGUCACAGAAAGAUGGGCAGCUCAUACUAUGGGCACCCCCUUUCAGGCUGGUUUUGGGCAAGUGUACGCGACGCUCGUCUCCAUGCAGUGAAAGUACGCCAGAGGCGUCACGAGAGGGGGCACCUGGAGGCGAUCGCCGCGGGCCUGGAGGAGAGCUCCCUGCUUCUGGAGGCGGUGCAGCGCGAGAACGCCGUGCUGCGCGCGGACAACGACAGGCUCGAGGCGUUCGUGCAGGAGCAGCGGGAUUUCAUCCGCAUAGUUAGGGAGGGCUGGGUCGGCCGCACGGCGCUGCACCCUGCUCAUGCCCAAUUGGAGUCGAAUGUGCUCAACGAGUCACCUAGGGUGCCCCAUCAAGACUGCAUGCAAGCAUGCAGCAUUGCAGCCCCAACAGCUGCUGUGGUCGCCCCUGACCCGAUGAAGGACAUAUGGGCCCAGGUCCACGCGAUGCGGACCAUCCUGGAGGAGAACUGCAUCACCUGUGGCAGCGAUCGCGCAUCUGAUGCUGGGCUCAACGCACUCAGCAAGCUAGCGUCGGCUGCCACACAGGCACACAUCAGGAUGCUGGUGGCUAGGCACCCCAGGCCCUCCGACCUGGCCACCAAGAUGCCCCAGGAGGUCCUCGGAGCAGAGGAGACGGCUGUCUGGCUGGAUCGUCUGGCCAAGCUGCGCCUCAACGAUGCACAGAAGAUUAGGAUCGUGGACAUGAGAGUGGAGCACCUUUCGCGCCUCCGGAUGCUGUUUGCAGAGAGGUCAUGGCUGAGUGACGAGGCCAGGGCGCUUGUGAAAGGAUCGAGUGCCUGCCCUCAAGGCUUAUCUGAUGAACUAAGGCUGGUGUGGGAGAGGGUGAAGGCAAAUGUGAGGCAGUGCCAGGCGAUCGCCGCCAAUGGUCUACGUACCCUGCUCAUGGAUAUACUGGACCCGAUUCGAGGGGCACUGCUUCUGGUGGAUUCCCACCCCCAUGGUGUGGACCCCAUGAAGCUGGCUGCGGCCCUUGUGGCUGUCGAUGGUGGGUGGGCUUCAGAUGCCCAUUCCUCGGCAAACUCGACGAAUUAG